UCAACUGGUUUGUUCUGUGUUUAACUUCUGUUGUCCUGUUUGGAUUUUGUUGAAGGUUUUGGCAGCGAUUUUCAUGAAUGAGAUGAGAUUUCCACUGGUUCUGGUUUCAACCUGAUAGAGAAACAUGAUAUUUAAACCAUCCCGACACUGAUAGUUCAUCAUAUCCACUCAUUCGGGGGACGUUUGGAGAAUCUCUGUGCCAGUUGGUGCCAGAGCCCAACAUCUAAACAUAAAAACCUCCAAGCCCUCUCUCUGUUGUAAACACUGUUCUGUGCACGUGAAGCCGUGCACGUGAAGCCGUGCACCGGAGACACAGGCAGUGGGCGAGACACGUCCACCACCGAGGAGGAGACCUAACAGUUAAAGAUCAGCUGCAGCGCGGCGCGCCACGCCUCCCCGGCUCGGCACCUGGUUCUCAGUCCGUCGGUUGCGCGGCUGCAGAGCGGAUUUCCAGACAGGAGCCGGCGGAAGAGAGAGAAGCAGGGAAGGGAGAGGGGGAAUGUGACAAGUGCUGGAUGCGGACUGAGUGCGAGCGGCUGGAUUCACUGCCUUCGGGGAGGCCUCGGCUCCCGCACCUGUCCCUCUCCGUCUCCGCGUCCAGGCGCAGUUUGGGCGAGAGCGACGCUUUAUUUAUCAGGCAGGACGCACGGCACAGCGGCGGCGGAGGCGCGCACACACACACUGCACACACACACACUGCACACACACUGCACACACACGCAGGGCAUGCAGGCAGGCAACAUGACUUCAUCCUACAAUCUGGAUUUUCUGCCCGAUAUGAUGGUGGAGAGCCGCCUGCUUGUUCCCGGAGACAGAAUCAACGGCACGGCCGGGAAGAUGAACGGGGCGCUGGAACACUCGGACCAGCCGGACCCGGACGCCAUCAAGAUGUUUGUGGGUCAGAUCCCACGCUCCUGGUCAGAGAAGGAGCUGAAGGAGCUGUUUGAGCCGUACGGCGCCGUCUACCAGAUCAACAUCCUCCGAGACCGCAGCCAGAACCCUCCACAGAGCAAAGGCUGCUGUUUUGUCACGUUUUAUACAAGGAAAGCUGCCCUUGAAGCCCAGAAUGCACUGCACAACAUAAAGACCUUAACAGGGAUGCACCACCCUAUUCAGAUGAAACCUGCAGACAGUGAGAAAUCUAACGCGGUGGAAGACAGGAAGUUGUUUAUCGGCAUGGUGUCGAAGAAGUGCAACGAGAACGACAUCCGGGUCAUGUUCUCCGCGUUCGGACAGAUCGAGGAGUGCCGGAUCCUGCGGGGGCCCGACGGACUCAGCAGAGGAUGUGCGUUUAUCACGUUUUCCACCAGAGCUAUGGCACAGAAUGCAAUCAAAGCCAUGCACCAGUCUCAGACUAUGGAGGGCUGCUCGUCUCCCAUCGUGGUGAAGUUCGCCGACACGCAGAAGGACAAGGAGCAGCGGCGUCUGCAGCAGCAGCUGGCGCAGCAGAUGCAGCAGCUCAACAGUGCGACCACCUGGGGGAGCCUGACCGGCCUGGGGGGCCUCACCCCGCAGUAUCUGGCUGUAAGGAGAGCCGCCGCGUCGCCCACCAUCAUCACCACCUCCUCCGCCCCUUACUGCAGCCCCUUGGCCAACGCCGCCGCAUUGCUCCAGCAGGCAACCUCCUCCGGUAACCUGGGAGCCUUCAGCGGGAUCCAGCAGAUGGCCGGUAUGAGUGCUCUGCAGUUGCAGAACCUGGCCACUUUAGCGGCGGCAGCGGCGGCGGCCCAAAACUCAGCCAGCCCCUCCGCCGCAAACCCCCUGUCCUCCAACGCCGCCUCCCUGGGAGCGUUGACCAGCCCAGCCAGCUCCAACGCCAGCGCCAUGAACUCUCUGACCUCUCUGGGCACCCUGCAGGGCCUGGCAGGCGCAACCGUCGGCCUGAACAACAUUAAUGCACUAGCAGGUAGCGUCAACAGUAUGGCGGCUCUAAACGGAGGCCUGGGCGGCGCGGGGCUUACCAACGGGACGGCGGGCACCAUGGACGCGCUGACGCAGGCUUACUCAGGGAUCCAGCAGUACGCCGCCGCAGCCCUGCCCACCCUCUACAGCCAGUCCCUGCUGCAGCAGCAGGGGGCCGCCGGCAGCCAGAAAGAGGGUCCCGAAGGUGCCAACCUGUUCAUCUACCACCUGCCCCAGGAGUUUGGAGACCAGGACAUACUGCAGAUGUUCAUGCCUUUCGGAAACGUGGUCUCUGCCAAAGUCUUCAUCGACAAACAGACAAACCUUAGCAAGUGCUUCGGCUUUGUCAGCUACGACAAUCCGGUGUCGGCGCAGGCAGCCAUCCAGGCCAUGAACGGCUUCCAGAUCGGCAUGAAGCGGCUGAAGGUGCAGCUGAAACGCUCCAAGAACGACAGCAAACCGUACUGAUCUUAGCACUAGGGUCUGUCUGCUCCCCAUGUUAGCACUGCUAGGAACAACCCAUCUCCAUGCCUGUUAGCUCAUCGUUUGCCUAGCAUGUCUCCGUGGCGUCCAAACACACACACACACAAAAAAAAAACUUUAUAAACGAAAACGAAACAAACAAAAAAAAUGUCCCCCGCCAAAAACAAAAGUGUCAUCGUCCUCCUCCUUCGCCCGUCAUUGUUUUUUCUGAUGUCUUUUCCGAGCUCACCUGAUCAUAACCUGGUUCUCCUCCGCCGCCUACUGACCUUUUGAACUUUGAACUUUUUUGGACUUUGAUUUUUUUAUGAUUUUUAAUUUUUCUUUUUGUGUGUAUUUUUCUUUUUUUUUUGCAUGUGACCUCAUUUGGAUCUGUUUUC